CUAGGGUAAAGCCUUGGCAAAUUCGGUUAAACCACCUAACCCCAUUGACAAAAAGUUGGGAUUGGAGAAUUCCUUGGUAGAUUCAAUUUAAGAGUUUCUCCAUCAAGAAAAUCAUCGCUUAGUCAAAAUCAGCCGGCGCAUUGCACGAUUCAUUCAUACAAACUAAGCAUUGAAUUUGUUUGUGUUUCUUUUCCCCUCGCAAAUUUACGCCUAGUUUUCGAUCCGACAAACGAUGUAAAACACAACAGAUCACUGCCAAAUCCCUCUCUCUCUACCCAAAAGAGAGAAAGAGGGGAGACCCAAUUUCACAAUCCCUUUCCCUUCCCACCAUGCUUUUGAAAUCCCUCAACUCCUUAACCAUCACACUAAUGUUGGGUUUUGCUCUUCUCAUCCUCUUCUUCUCUGGUUUUCUUGAAUUCCCAUCUGUCUCUUCUUCAAUCCCAUCUUCAAUCCCAUCUGUCUCUUCUUCAAUCCCAUCUGCGAAAGACUCCUUAUUGUACUCCAAAUCUUCGCCAGACCCAUUUAGGGACUUGUUGGGUGCCUUUAAGAAAUGGGAUCCUCAAGUGGGUUGUUCUCAGUUCAGAGAGAAACACAAAGGAUUGAUGAAAAAUGGGUCCUCAUCUUCUCUGCAAGAAGAUGAUGGUGUGUGUAGUGAACUGAAAAUGAGUCAUGUGAGUGUUUUGGUUAAAGGGUGGACUUGGAUUCCUGAUAAUUUGGAUAAUUUGUAUUCGUGCCGAUGCGAUUUGAGCUGUUUGUGGACCAAAUCUUCUGUUCUUAAUGAUAAGCCUGAUGCUUUGUUGUUUGAAACUACUACACCUCCAGUUCAGAGACACAAUGGAGAUCCCCUUCGUGUGUACAUGGAUCUUGAAGCUGGCAGAAAGCGAUCGGGUUUUGAGGAUAUUUUUAUUAGUUAUCAUGCCAAAGACGAUGUUCAGUCAACUUAUGCUGGUGCACUAUUUCAUAAUAAUCGAAAUUAUCAUUUGUCCUCAUAUAAGCACAAUGACACGCUUGUUUAUUGGUCCUCGUCACGGUGCCUUGCUCAAAGAAACCAGCUUGCCAAAAGUCUCCUCCGGUUGCUACCUUACCACUCAUUUGGAAAGUGCUUGAACAAUGUCGGGGGCCUAGACAUGGCACUUACUCUCUACCCCGAGUGUGUCAAAGACGUUAACUCAGCCCCUAAAUGGUGGGACCAUUUACAUUGCGCCAUGUCACACUACAAGUUUGUCCUCGCAAUCGAAAACACUGUGACAGAGAGUUACGUGACGGAGAAAUUAUUUUAUGCCCUCGAUUCUGGAGCAGUCCCAAUCUAUUUUGGUGCCCCAAAUGUCUGGGACUUUGUCCCUCCACAUUCAAUAAUAGAUGGGACUAAAUUCAGCUCCAUGGAAGCACUAGCUACUUAUAUAAAGGCACUUGCUAACGACCCUGUAGCUUAUGCGGAAUACCAUGCGUGGAGACGGUGCGGUGUUUUGGGUAAUUAUGGAAAGGCCCGUGCAGCGAGCUUAGACACGUUACCGUGUCGGUUGUGUGAGGCGGUGAGCAGAAAAAGUGGGAGAAACGCGAGAGCAUUGUGAAGCUUAGCCGGGUCUUAUAUGGUAAUCCUACUGGCUUUUUGAAUUAUUUUUUUUUUUGGGUGGCGCCGGGGGGGAGGGUGUGUUAAUGUUAUGAGCUGUCAUGAGAUGUAUACAAUGAUACUGAUUUCUUGUAGAACUGAAAAGAAAUAGAUUAUAGAUUGGAAGAACAAUGGUAACUCCUAUUUGAUGGAAACCAUUUCUAACCUGCGAACCAGUCAAUCAUUUUCAACGAAUGUUGUGUUCUCAGAAA